CUACAUCCCACGCGCUUUUUCCCUCAACCUCUCCGUCUUCUUCCUCCUCCACAACGUCGAAUCACUUCCUACUACGCCAGAAAGACAUGCGCCUUGCCCUACGCCCAUCCCCCGUUCUACCUUCGCCAAUUUCCUCUACUCCUUUCAAUCGACCAGCUGGACAUCAAAAUGUCGAGGCCACAGAUCGGCAUUGACCGUCUUCCCGCCCGUCGUCUUACCAAUGAACCACGAGAAUCUAUGAAUUGCAAGAGCUGUCGGAAACGAAAGAUCAAGUGCAACCGUACACGUCCCACAUGUGAAGCCUGCCAGGUCUUCGCAUGCCCUUGUAUCUACGAUGCCGUUCCCAAGAAAAGAGGACCAAAGACCGACGUUCUCGAGGCUCUGCUAAAACGCGUCGAUGGCCUGGAAAAGCGGCUUCACUCCGAGGGCAAAAGCGAUGCCAUUCUCGACCCAGAAUCCUCCCCCAGUGAAACCGCCAGCGACAGCAAGAAUGAGCUUGGGAAUGGAAAUGGAAAUGGAAAUGGAAAUGACCCGGCCUCCGCAACCCGACCUUUGCUCGAGAUAGCCCCGAAUCCCGCGACGGGGUCUGCAAAUCAGUUGAUGUCACCAGUAGAGCCAAGUCUCCAAACCCCUAGCAUUGUACCGGAUCUGCUCCUGGACACUUACUUCACCAGGAUUCAUGGCAAGCCCUAUCACAUUCUGGAUGAAACAACCACCAGGCAGCGCAUGCAGGCCAAUCAGCUACCAUCCUACUUAGCCUACGCCAUAUACGCUGUCAGUGCCAGAUAUGCACCCCAUUUCGGCGGCUACAAUGCUGCAGUGCGAAUCGGCCAAGAGUAUGCAAGGCGCUCGCGUAUGGAGCUUGAUAUUGACGAGCCAUCUAUCGAGUGCCUACAAACCCUGAUGUUGCUCGCCCAAGCGAGCUUCCAAAAUGGCAAGGGCAAGAAGACUUUCAUGCUGUUGACUUCCGCGAUCAGCAUGGUCAUUGCGCUCGAUUUACAUCGUGAACUACCGAUAAAUCUGAAAGUUACGCCAAUGGAACGUGAAGGCCGCCGACGACUUUUCUGGAGCUGCUACCUCAUGGACCGCUUUUCCGCCACCGGCUCCAAAAGACCUUCGUUAAUCGCGGAUGAAUCAAUCGUGCUUCGCUUACCAUCGUGGCAGUUGCACCCCGGUGCCAUGCUCCUCGAAGGCGAUUAUUUUCCUAAUGGUUCCAAUUUGCAGUACAUGGCCGGCUCGGGUAAAGGCGCACAAGGAAGCAUGGGUAUGCUGAUCGGCAUAGCGAAAGUCCUGGGUAUAACAAACAGAUACCUCGCAGCCGGAGGGGUCAAGGGCGACUCACAUUUCCCUUGGCAUUCCCUUUCCAACUUGUCCAAGAUCCGGCAGGAACUCGACAUCUGGGCCUCGGACACGCAGGACACCUUUACCACUAUCGAGUCAUUGUUUGGUCAGCCUGACAGUACAAUAUUGGUCCUGAGCAAAUUGGUAUAUCAUCUUAUACAUUGUCUCAUAUACCGGCCGUUUUUGCCGGUAGACUUGGCCGAACUAUCGGGAACCUCACAACACCAAUCCUGGCAAAUCGAAGCGACAAACCUGUGCUUUCUGCAUGCAAAUGCGAUUGCGGAGCUUGUCGAGAUCGGAAGAGCCUCUUCCCUCCUCGACUGGCCCGCUUUUGUUGGCUACUGUGUCUGUACAGCUGGUACGAUACACGUGCAUGGCGCACAUUAUCCGGGUAGAGAAGGCGAGGUCUUCUCCGUGAGCCCAGAAUUCUUGUCCCGGGAAAUGAAUCAGCUCUCCGAGUUGCGCUUCCUCUGGGCUGGCGCUCAACAUCAGAGGGACACCCUCCAAACCAUUUAUGGCUGCCAUACGGAGCUCGUCAAGUCGUUGGCGAGCAAUCCAAUCCGCUUCUCGCCAGUCUUCCAGCUCGAAGACUUUUUCGACCGUUAUCCCGGCCAGAUAUUCGACGGGGCUCAUGUCACUUUCACUGAUAUACAGAUGGAGAGCGUUCAUGAAAGCAACUUGACCACUUACAACAUCGAACAGCGAAACAAUAUGUACAUGAAUUCCAGUGUAGUAAAUCUGGACAACUAUUCACAUUCGGUUUCUAACAAUGCCUACUCAAAUGGCCAUCCCACGAAAAAGCGGAGGUCAACCGCUUCCAGUGCGCCAAAACCACCAGCACCUUCGGCACCUCUCCCAACCCCUACCUCGGCUACAUAUCCUCCUCACAACAUAACCGUUGCGCCUGCGGACCACAAACAACAAGAUGCUAAGAACCCUCCUACGACCUCGCUGCCACCCUUCACACCCCCUGGUGGAGCGUCAUCCUCGGGUCUCGCCAACCACCCCAGUGCUGGUAGGGAUGCCAACCCUAGCAAUAACAAUAACAACAACAAUCACCAUGGCCUGAACAUACCAUUCUCUCCGAACUUCGUCUUUUCACCGCUCCCUCAACUAGCAAGCCUCACACAAACACCUACACCCGCCAAUCAUGAUCAAUCGGUCACCGCCUUCGAUCCCAUGUUUGGUGUACCCACUCCUUAUGACCAGCAACCGACCCCAGGAGGCGCCAGUACUUCAGGAUCGGUUCACACAGAUCCAGACAAGGAUCCUUUCUUGAGCCUGCUGGAGCAGUUGGCUGAGAAUGAGGUCAGCCGAGGUGGACCCAGUGAACUGGAUUUCUUUCUGGGUGGCGGAACCGCCUAGAAACCGACUGUGUUCCUGAAUCAGGGCAUGGCUCCUUUACAUUCGCGGUGCAUUCAUUCUGCGCCGCUGCAACAUCCGUGAUGUUGCGCGACUACUUUCUA